GCCCAUUAAUUUGUAAAAAAAGCUGUGUGAAGGUUGUCGAAUUCUAGCAAUAGUUCCAAGCUUAGUAACCCAGCUCAGAUCAAAAGCAGCAACCUUGAAAAUCCGGGAUAUCUGAGGUGACAACCCUGUCAUUCGGGACAGUUGGCACCUUUGCACUAUAAAGCUAGUGCAGUGAGUGCAGAACACAUCUAAAUUUGAAGAUGGCACCUGGAUGUGGGUGCAAGUGGUGUUAUGUGGUGACCUGCUCUGCCUUCAUUGGCUCAUCUUGGUUCCUCAGUGGAUACGAUAUCGGUUCUAGUAAUGGAGUGAAGGAGAUGAACGGUUUUAGAGAUUUCUUCAACCUCUCGGGUUCAGAGGACAACUCCACCACUGGGGACUCCAGUGAGGAAACUAGUGCCAUCUUAGGUCUGGUGGUGGCCCUGUUCUCGUUAGGCUGUCUGGUGGGUGCUCUAUUAGGGGGACCCCUGUCAGACUGGGCUGGGAGGAGGGCUGCUCUAGUGAUCGGGGCACUACUAUUUGCCUCUGGAAUCGUCAUUCAGAGUGCUUCAAUGGCUUUAUGGAUGCUUUUGAUUGGAAGGAUUUGGUCAGGACUAGGACUUGGGAUUAUUGUACAAUCAGUACCAGUGUACAUUGCUGAGAUUGCCCCCAAACAAUAUCGUGGUAGACUGGUCAGCUUGGCAUCAAUGGCAAGCGUUACUGGAAAUCUGAUUGCUGCUCUGGUGAAUAUUGGGGUUGAGGGGUUGUCGUUUGGUUGGAGAGUGUCGCUGGGUCUACAUCUGAUUCUUGCCUGCUGUCUCAUUAUCGGAUCACCGCUUAUCCCAGAAUCUCCAAGAUGGCAUGUUAAGAAGAACAAGCCACACAAAGCUCUGAAGACUCUGAAAAGAAUUUUCAAAGAUGACCGAGUUGUGGCAUCUCGACUGGAGGAGAUAUCAGCUUCUUACCAGAAGUCCCAGUACGAGAAAACACUCUGGAAGACUUUUUUCUCCUGGGAUAUUGCUCACAGGCUCUUUCUUGGCUUCUGUUUGCUGUUUUUGUCAAGAAUGUGUGGAAUUUCACUUGCUCUGUAUUUCUCAGUGUCUAUAUUCUACAAGAUUGGCAUAUCUGGUUUCAUCGGAGCGGUAAUCCUCACUUUGUCACUGUUAAUUGGUCAAAUUUUGGUGCUACUGAUUGCUGACAAGUUUGGUCGCAAGUUAAUUCUGCUGUGUGGGUAUGUGGUGAUGAGUGUUUGUCUGGUAGCGGCCUCAGGGCUCAUUCUGGGAUUUGGACUGGAGGCAGACCAGCUCUCCUCUGACAAGACCAUCGCAGGAUACUUUGUAGUGGCUUGUCUCGCUCUGUUUGUCGGUGUGGGGGCUUUAUCUAGCAUGUGUUCUUUUUUUACAUGUAGGAAUCAGAGUUGGAUUGUUGUUAGCGAGCUGUAUCCAUUGAAGAUAAAAGGUUUGUCAUUGUCAGUGGCAUCGUCUGGUUGGUGGGUUGGAACCAUUUUAAGUGGGGAGAUCUCUCCCUUCCUCCUCUCUUCUUCUCUGGGCACUGCCGGGACUCUUCUACUGCACGCCGUCAUCUGCGCCCUCAUCUUCAUAUUUGUACUGCUGCUAUUGCCAGAGACUAUGCAAUUGAGUCUGGAGCAGGUUGACCAACUAUUCUCCACCCCCUGGUUACAGAGGACCAACCCUCUCUACUAUCUAACGUGUGGUCGUGUCAACAAAGUUCAAGUGUUGGCUGUCUCCAGCUCUGAUGAAGAGUUACGAGGACUGGACAUUUCUCUGGAGGAUCUGACCAAUCAAAACGAUGACUGUGAUAAAGUGACUAGAGAUACGGACAAAUUAACUCAAACUCUGUAAAAUAAUAAUUAUGUCAAUUUGCUUUUAUACAGUGUGCACUGCAUGCCAAAGUGAUCUCAGAUCAAUCACUCUGCAGCCUGUAUUAAUAUAUUAGGGCCCAGUGUUCCAUGCAUUGAUCAAUGAUUUAGAUAUAGCCUGA